AUGUCUCCAAAGAUUAAGAGCGACCCAGAAGUUUCUUUGUCCCAGUCAGCUCUACAGAACAUGGACCAGAUCUCUCAACCUAGGCAUACCCAAUUAGUCCAAGGAAUUUCAAACAUGGCCCCCAGAGUGAUCCCGGAUGAUGAUCUUUCGAGCCAGGAUAAUUUUUCCUUGUGUUCAAGCACACACCAAAGCCAUGGAACCCCUGGACUCAAGUCGUGGUCCGUGAAUGAUGUCGAUGGAAUUGACGGUACUGUCAUGUCGUCAGUCAAGCCAGAGUCCCCGGAAGUACAGAUGCUGUCUUACUCUUUGUCCCACCAACUUAUGCCACCCACUGUUGGACCAAGUGAUGUAAUGUAUCACGCUGGCCCCGAAUUCCCAGGCCUUCAGGACAUGGGAGAACAAAGCGAUCUGGACUUCUCACAUGCACAGGACUUUAGCCAUUACUCCUCGCUGGUAGAUUUCAGUGCUUUUGAUAAUGAAGUUGGCGGCCAGAACAGUUCCCAGUCCUGCGCGUCAGAUGAUGCUCGCUCUGUCAGUCACCACACUGACGAUGGCCAUCUGGCCGCUAGUGAUGCAUGGGGCUCCAUUAUGACAGAUACAAGGAAUUAUCCAGGAUCCAUGGACCAAUUUACAUCCAGCAUGUUUCACCCAGUGCCCAUUUCUCCCCCCUUGACUGAAGCAAGCAAUGAUGUGUCUGUUACGUCCUCUUGCUCCCAAUCAGGAUAUCCAUCUUUUAUGGCCCAUGAGGACACUAUACUCAAGGAUGUGACUGCAACACCCGUUGGCAACCACGGUAUCAACCUAGGAGAUCCAUUGUUUCCUCUCACUCCGCCUCUCAGUGAGCAGGACCCCAAUAGGCCAGCCCUACAGACGCCUUCGUCUCAGUCCCAGGUUAAGCAGGACCAAGAAUUCUUCCCACCUCUUCCUGUGAAGGAGCCCAUUCGACAAAGAUCCAAGGAGGGAGCUGAACUGCGGAAUCCCAGGGACCAUCCUUAUUAUUCAAUGCCCACCCACAAUGAUGGAAAAUACUACUGCCCAUUUGCCCAUGGAGAUAAGCCUUGCAACCACCCUCCAACCACUCAGAAGUGCGCUUAUCACAAAUAUCUGGACUCUCAUUUGAAGCCAUACCGCUGCAAGGUUCCCGCGUGCAUGGAUGCCCAACUGCAAUUUUCUUCAAAUGCCUGCCUUUUCCGUCACGAACGUGAGGCCCACGGAUUCCAUGGUCAUGGUGACAACCCGCACCUGUGCCUAUUCGAAGGAUGUGAUCGAUCUAUUCCAGGAUAUGGAUUCCCCCGCAGAUGGAACCUCUUUGACCACAUGAGACGAGUUCACGAUUAUGCCUCUUCGGAGCGUCCCAGCUCCCCGGAUGCCUCCCCCACGGGUGGACAAGCUCCCAAGAAAAAGGAAGGCUCUGGACGCAAGAGAAGGGUCGCUGGUGUUUCGGGGACACAAACUAUGAAACGCACACGCUCAACUCAAUCUCAGACCAACCCCUUGAAGGCUGUUCAGCAGACUUCCGCCCACCAUGGUCAACGGCUGCAGAAUGCGGAGAGAAAUUACUAUAACUGCCGCUCCCGACUGCUUGAAGAACUCGGUAGCAUCACACCCCAGGAUUCUUCCAUGCAUGAGAAGGUAAAUGCAAGCCUUCAGGAGUUGAUCACUCUGGGACUGAACUACCGUCACAUUGAAGCCAGCCAGGCUGCUGCCCAGAUCACGAAUGGCCUUCCGGCGUGA